GUGGUUUCCUCCCACGUAAAACCGAUCCCCCACCUUUUUCGUUUCGUCGUCCAGGAGUCUGUCAGUGGAGCAUCGUACACGUCCUCGUGAGGAUCUUCUUCGUCGAGUAGAGGAGAUCUCGUGGUCCUCGAGCACUGUCGCGCGCAGACGGGUAGAGAAAAUCGAGGCAAUAGAGAAGAAGAAGAGGAGCUACGUUACAGAGUAAAGAAGAAUGCCUGGCGCCGGUGGUCAAACACCGCAGAGGACCACCUUCAGACCACCGUGGGUCAAGGAUGGUCCAACUCCUCUGCCUAUGCCUACCGCACCAUGGACGCUCAAUUCGAGGAGAGAUUCGAAAGGGAAAUCAGACGAACCACCUGCUUUCACCCAAGUCACUCUCAAAAGUGUACCAAAGCCAGAAGCGAAACCGUCCACGGAUGCACCUCAGCCGCGUAAACAGAGCAAGAUCACGAUAAUCCCGUCGCAGCCUAAAAGCGAAAAGAAUACGAGCAGUCAACCGGCACCGAAGCUCCGCGAGAAUGGACGACAAGAGCCAAAUUCGAGGCCACAGCUCGAACGGCAGGUUCGAAUCGAGAGGUCUCGAUCUCGAAGCGACACAAUACCUCUCUCCAAGAGUGAGAGCAGCACAGGUGCGCCGACAUUAUCGAAAAGUUCGUCGAGGGCAGCGAUCCCGCCACCACCACCGCCGAGACCACCGCCACCGCCUCCGAGCAGAACGAUCCUGAAGGACCUUCCGCCGAUGAACGACAACCAACAGCAGAAGCUGGAGAUGUUGAAGCAGAGACCGAGGAAACGUCCCGAUUGGGCGAGCAUGAUGAAGGAGGUCGAAAGCGGAAAGACCUUGAGGCACGUGAAGUGCAACGACAGGAGUGCGCCCUUGAUCGAGAGGGUGAACAAGGUUACCACAGCUGAUCCAGCAGGGAAUGAACACUUUGUGUUCGAAUCUGAAAAAUCGAACAUGCAUAACCAAUUGCUGAAGCAAAUUCAGCAAGGUGUAAAGCUAAAGAGAGUGCAGACGAAUGACCGAUCGAAACCGAUGCUCGAUGGUCUGAGGAAAUUCCGAAGGCAGCUGACGAUCGAGGAGCAAAUGCAAAAGGCUGACGAACCCACGGACGAUUCUAUUUCCGAUGAUAUGGACGAUAUCGAUGCCGUGAGAGACGAUUUACAAAGUACCAAACAAAUGCUUGCACUAGAGCUUAGAAAUAAGGAAGCUUUGGAAAGGGAGAACAAAAGAUUACAAGCGAGGAUUUUGAAUCUCGAGACCGAGGUGCAACGUGAGAAGUCUCAGAAGAACGUGCAAGAGCAGAGGAAGUCCGACGAGAAACUUACGGAAUCGUUGAAAAAAGAAGCCCAGCAAGCCCGACAGGACGCUGAGAAAUAUGAGAAAGAAUAUAUGUCCAUGUCGGAAGAGAGGGACAAACUUAAGAAUGAGUUAGAAGAAAUGAAGAGGAUGUAUAGUACUUUGGAAAGACGUAUGAAAGCCGAGCAAGAGCUUGAGCCUGAACCAAUAAUAGAACUAGCAGAUGAAGAAGAGGACGAAGCAGUUUGGUACCAUGUUUCAGGAAUGGCACUGGCUGGUUGUCCAAGUGCGAAAGAUGUAGCAAAAAUUGCUUCUCAGAAAAGCAUAGAUAAGAAAGAACCAAGUGAAAGUGAAGAGGAAGAGGAAGAAGAAAGUGAAGAGGAGGAAGAUGAGAGAGAUCCAAAGGCAGGAGAGAAACGGUUACAAAGGGAGAUCAAGCUUUUAACGACCAAAAUCAGAAAUUUCAGAGAUAAAGCAGUCAACGCCAGGAAAGAAAGACACGCGCUGAAAGAUCAGAUAAAGCAGCAGCAGAAAUUAUUAAAAGAGGAAAAGAAGAAGUUUAAACAUCUUCAGAAGGAAGUUGACAAAAUGGCAAAAUUAAUGUCAGAAACUGAGGAAGAUGAAAAAGAUGAAGAAGAAGAUGACAAUGAAGAAACAGAAUCUGAAGAAGAAUCAGAAUCUGAGGAAUCUGAAGAAGAAGAAACUGAAACAGAAGAUGAAGAUCAAUCCUUGGAAGGACAAAGAAAUGUUUUACAGAAACAAGCUAAAAAGCACGAAGGACGUUUAGCUGCAUUAAAGAAGGGUAACUAUUUGCUUAAGGCACAAGUCGAUAGACUGAAGGAUGAUUUAGGAAAACAACGAGAAGAAAGUCUUACUCUCCAAGAAGACCUUGACUCUGUGUUAGCAGAAUUAGGUUAAGUUAAUGUGAAAAAACAUUUAAGAAUUAUUAUGGACAAUUGUAUACAUACACAUAUAAGUAUUACAUAUGGAAAUAUAGAAAAUUUUAUGUCUGAAAAUGCAGACACGCAAACUAAUACACACACACUCACCUAAACGCCUUUUGUAGAAAAUCU